UUUGUUUUGAAAUCGAAAGAAACCUUUUUCCGGAGGAAGGAAGUAGCCGAAAUGUAGUACAAAAAUUUAUGAAAGCCCUUCCCUUUUGAAUUUAUUUACUUUAUCAGACUAAACAUUUGCAGACGAGAAUGAUUGGAUCAUUUUUGCCAUUUCUAUCUUGUGCCUUAAGAGAAGAGCUGAAUGUAGUAUGCAGGAAUUCAGAUGUUUAUCCUGUAAAACGUAUGGUUGUUCCAAAAGAUAAAGUUUCUUGGAGUGUUCCAUGGCCAGAUUAUGCUCCACCAAAUUAUUCAGCUCCUCAUCUAAGCAAUGCAUCAUGGGCUGAUCCCGACAUUACUGAUGCAAAAUUCAAACCUAAAUGGAAUGAAGAUGAUGAUGGGAUUGAUAGAAGAAGUUACGAUCAAAAUGAAACUAUCAAAUAUAACGUUAUUGAUGGCUGUCCUCUGAAUACUAAGGGUCGUACCGGUCUUUCAGGACGAGGCAGAUUAGGUCGUUGGGGGCCUAAUCAUGCUGGAGAUGCAAUUGUUACACGAUGGAAAUAUUUGAAUGGUGUGAAGCAACUUGAUGCAGAAAGUGGCCUUCCAAUUCUACAAUUUAUUGCUAUCUUGCGUAAGGAUUGCAAUAAAUGGGCUAUCCCUGGUGGUUUUGUAGAUCCUAAGGAAGCAUCAUCUUCUGCUGUGUUGCGAGAACUAUUUGAAGAAGCUAUUAAUAUUAAAAAGUUGUCAGAUGAAGUUCAGAUGGCUCUGAAAGAAUUUUUCAAAAAUGGUAGACAGGUCUACAGAGGAUAUGUGGAUGAUCCUAGGAAUACAGAUAAUGCCUGGAUUGAAACUACUGCAAUAAAUUUCCAUGAUGACAGUGGACAACACACAGAAAAUAUUUCUUUAGAUGCUCGGGAUGAUGCAGCAGAUGUUAAAUGGAUAGAUAUAAUUAAAGAAAUGGAUAUUUACCCUCCUCAUUAUGCAAUUAUUGAACACUUGAGAAACUUGCAUUUUCCAAAAACUAAGUAAUAGUUUAAAAUCAUAACAUUUUGGAGGAAAAAAAACCCGAAUGCUUUAUGUUUAGUCAGUAUAUUUAUAAGUUUCAGUCAAAACGAGCUUCGUUUUUAGCCAUACUGCAAAAUGUUAAUAUUUCUAGAAUCAUUUUUUUCCAAAUGAUUUAAUUAUUUUGAAAAUUUUUCCAAAGAAAAAGAAGAGUUUUGGUCUUUUACUCAAAAUAACUGUUCUUGUGUUAAAAAAAAAUUCUGCAAUAUCAGACUUACUCUUUCCAUUUUCUUUCUCUUUUUUGAUUAUUUGCUUUUAUUUAGCUUGAUUUAUCUCAUAUUUGUAAAAAUGAUUUUUAAUGAUUGUUUCCAACAUUGCUGGUGUGUCAGAGUUUUGAAAUUUUGUAUACUUUGUGUUUUCUAUAAAAAUAAAAUAUUUUAAUUUUUUAGAAACUA